UAACAACAGUUGUUGAAAAAAAGCUCAGUCGUUAGCAUAGAGCGGAAUGGAGAAAAAAGAAAUCCCUAAAGAUCCCCCAAAACGGCAAAAUGAAAAAUGUUACAGACUCGGUUUGAUUGGUCCGGUCGAUAAAUAGUACUAGAAAGUGCAAGGUACUGCCCAAGACCCCAGCACUGGCUUAUGCAGAAUACAACAUUUUACUUGAAAAUAAUAAACUUUUGAAUUUAGAAAUAUCUGUAGAUGUGUCCGUAUACGGUCCUAAUCAUAGAACCUACAAUGGGGCAAUCUAGUGCUUUCCAUGAAAUGUUGCGAAUGGUCCCCAAUGUGUUCCCUGAAUGAGUAAACAACAUCACAAAAUACAAAUUCAAAAAGCAGGCAGCAUAUCCUUAAGGUGAUUAUACAUGCCUUUCUUAUCUAUACAGCGUAUUCGUUUUUUAUUUAAAGUUGGAAAAUACUAGCAAGUUCUACUACACUUGUAAGAUGUUUACAAAGGCCUUCAGAGCGUUUGCAGUCAACGACUCAGUCUUCUGCAUUAUAAAUGCACCUCAUUUGUUGAAUAAACCGCUUCAAAAUGAAUCAACUGAAAUUUACUAUGGUUCAUCUGGUAAAGCAACUUUCAAAUUAGAGGAUCAAUACAAACAUUAUGUGACGGUUUACAAUUGUACAAUGUUGGCCACAGAUUGUACGCAAUGUAAAGCACUUAACAAAACACGAUUUCUUUGUGACUGGUGCACCAACACCAACAGAUGUGGCUAUAAAGAUCAAAAUUGUUCAUCGGUAAAAUGUCCGGCUCCUUCUAUAACAGACGUCAUUCCAAUGGACGGUCCUGUAGAUGGAGGAACAAUAGUUACUAUUUACGGAUUAAAUCUGGGCUCAAGCCUGUUGGAUAUCAACAGCGUCGAAAUUGCAAACAUUCCUUGCAAAAUAAACUACGAUAUGUCGCAAACAAAUGACACACCCAACGGAAUUUUUGAAUCAAAAAUUCCAAAUCGGAUAAUAUGUUUGACUGGAUCUUCCAAGAACGAGACAUCAGGACCUGUCAUACUGUCAGUAAAUAGUCGAAUGUCUAGCUCUACUGUCACAUUCUACUAUCGAGUUCCAAUUGUGACGGACAUUUUACCACAUUACGGACCGGAAGCAGGUGGGACCCACUUAACUAUAUUCGGCAAGAAUCUAGGAAUUGGAAAUAGAAAUGUAAAUGUAAAACUUGGCAAUUUCCCAUGCUUAAGACCUGAAGUGAGGCCAGAAGUUCCAUUAGAAAAUAUGGCAUCAAUAAACUCUACAAUUGUUUGCACGGUUGGUAAAAGGGGAAAUAACACAGCGAGCAAGAAAACAGUUUAUGUCGGAAUGGAUCGCCGCAUUCUUAUUAUACCCGAUUCAUUUACAUAUGUCCACGAUCCGACUCUACAGCCUUCAGUUCCCAAAAAAGCAUUUCUAAGUGGAGGAACUAAAAUUACAAUUGAAGGAACACAUUUAGACAACGCCAAUAGUGCAAGAUUAACAAUAAGUUUCAUGCAAGACAUUGAGACUGGCGACUGCAUUAUACUGUCAGAAAAUUUGGCAUCAUGUGAAACUCCAAAAGCGCCAAAAACUCUUGAAGAAGAAUUAUUUAAAUUCGAAAAUUCAACUGAUCGUUUUUUAAAACAUGUUACAGUAGUGUGUUCUAUUUUUCUGGAUAACGUUGAAGGCAAUAUUGAAAUAAAAUACUAUCAAGAUCCAAUUAUCAAUCAGCUAGCUGAAAGUGACCAUGUCGUAAAGUUUGAAGCCGAUGAAAGGCUUCUGAAUAUUACUGGUAAUAUGCUGAACCUUGUUGCGACAAAAUGUGAUAUAAUUGUAACAGUCGGCGUAGAAUUAUGUGUUGUAGUGGAGCUAAAUCUAACGUGUAUAACAUGCAUUGCUCCUAUAAUCGAACCAAGGAGUAGAAUACCAAAUGCAACACGACCGGAGGUUAAUGUAACAAUAGGAAACAUACACAAGAUGAUUGGAUAUGUUGAGUAUAUAAAAAAGUCGCCGGACACGAUCAGAAACUAUUCAAGUACUCCUAUUACUUCCGUUGUACUGUCGGCGACUGGAGCGGGUGCUGCGCUCAUUUUUAUCAGUGCAACAGCUGUAGUUUUGAUAUGUCGACAAUACAGAAAAACAAAGUCAAAAUUAAGAAAUAUUGUAAAACAGAACAGUACGAAAGAAGAAAUUCCUUGUGAGUUACGUUUGAGCAGAAUUGCGGGUUCGUCGUGUGAGAUGAACUACUCCGAGGUCUACAAUGACCAAUAUGAAUCUGACCACUAUGACACUAUCGCAUCAGACAACAUUCAAAUGGAUAGAUGCGAAACUAAUGAUAAUUCUCUAAAUUGUCCGCGCGAGAGCGUUUUGGAGGCAAGAACUUCAACCAGUGAACAAUCCCAAACGACUAACCAUAUUACUGUAGAAGUUCAGCUAGAAGAGGCAAUAGCAACGAAUGUUAAAUCCGAACCCGAACUAGCUGGCGAUCAGUUGUAUUUACAUGUUAUUAACAUUAGUGACCUUUCGGACUAGCUUCUUGUUUUAGAAAGUUUCCGACAAUCCGUUCACAGACAAAAUGCUGGAAUACGAAACGCAAGCUUAAAUUGUUUUUUUUAAUUGUUUUUUUAUCAUUGCUGUUUUUCGCGACUUUACUAGUUUAAGAUACACUCAAAUUUGAUAUUUGAAAAUACUGACAAUUUCUAUGAAAACUCUUUUUAAAUGUAAAAUAAACAUCUUCGAGUACACACAGAGAAAAAAAUAUUGUAAUGCGUUUUUAACUCUACACACUAUAGUUAAACAUAAUAUGGAUACCUGUCGUCAUCAAAAACACGCACGUGCACACACACACAACAACAACAAGAACAAUCAUUUUUAUUAGAAGCCACGUCACAAUAGUAACAAUGUGACUAAUUAACAUAAAAUAAAGAGUGGGUUACAUGAUCAUACUUUAAAUGUUAUUUUUAUGUUAUUUUCAAUUCAUGGGGACAGAAAUGAUAUUGUCAACAAAUCCUGCAAUGCUGUUUUUUUUUUAAUUAUAUAUAUUUAGGACUUAUUGUAAGUUCAAACAUGCACAUGUACAAUAUAUUGCAUUCUCCUAUUCUGAUUACACAUAUUCAGUAAAAAUUUCCUAGAUUUCAAUAAUUUUUUUCAGUAACGUACAGUAUUUUAUAUUGAUAGGUAUAGAUAUAUCUAUAUAGUAUAUCUAACAGAAACAGGCAAGAAACAUUUUUUUAUAUCGAGUAAUGUUCCAAUAUUUAUAUGACGUAGUAUAUGUAUGUAUAUUCAAUAUGUAAACAGUUUGUAAAGAAAACAUUUGUGUUUGAAUUAUACUCUUUCAAGAACAUAAAAGGAUAUUAACUUUUGAUGGAAUAUUUAUACAUGUAUAACGGUGUAAAUACUUCUUUUCUUUUCUGUUAUAAUCAUCUGUGUUUAUUUUCAAUCAUUAGGGGACUAUAAGAGUUGUAAUUUGCCCGAUAUUUCUUUUCCAAUUAUGACAAUAAUUAUCACUGUUUAUUAAUCAAAACAAAAGCUUCUCAAUCAUUAUGUCCACCCAAAAACCAAUGAUUCAUAGGCAAAUAAACAAAAUGCUUGUCAUAGGUAUGUGUCCUACGAAAGACGUAAUCAAAUGUUAUAUUUAAAGGAAUCAACCAGGAAGUCUUGGAUGCGUAAAACACAUAGGUCUACAAUAUUCUGAUUUUAAGUAAAAAGAAUCUUAAAAUGAUUUAUUAUUGAAUUUGAUA